CAAAGUGGAAUCAAUCUUCUCUCAACAUAUUCAAAUUCUAAGUCAACAACAAUUAAACCCCAAUCAUGCUGUCAAAACAAGUCAAUGCCAUGCCACAGAAACCAGCGGUUGCUUUAUUAAGCGCUCUCGAGAAGCACCUGAGUUGGGCUCUCGAACGAAGAAACGAAGAGCACGUCUCAUUCCCAAACUUUGUAGUAAAAUUCAGAUUCUAUGACAAGGCGGAUGCGCAUCAGGCCUACACCAACCUACUUAAUAGUGGCAAAAUAGCAAAAGCACGCUUGAAAAUAUUGAAUUCGGACUACGAGCACUUCAAGAACAACACUGACGACAUAUUUUGGUCCAGACGACUCUUGAACAAAAGUUCAAAGUUGACUAUUAGCAAUGCCUCCGUAAAAGUGCAAGAAGCAGGUCUCGAGCAAGUAGGACCAAACCUUCAGCGACACAUAGACAGGCAUAGGCUGAAGGACUAUAUGGUUGAUAGCCAGCGUAGAGAUGAGGGCACGAGGACCAAAGUUUCUGACGACAUUGAUGCUGGUGUACUUUCAGAAGAUUCUCAGGACAUUGAGCCCAUUAGCGAUAAUGGUAAGCAAACCGGUGUAGUUCUGAUUAAAUGACAGAGUCCAACAGCUCACAUCUUGUCGGCUUUUUAGAGGAACUAGAUGACCUUAAGGAGAUCGUUGCCGGCUCAAAGCUAUCUCCAUUUUUGCCGUUGUUGGAGUAUUUGUAUAAAAAAGUGCAAGGUCAAAACGCUGCGUUACCGCCUGU